UUGCUCCUGACUAGUGUCAUAUGACACGUUAAAGAUGGCUGAAGGGGAGAAUUGCAAAGUAUCUGCUACGGAGCAGAAGGAGGACUUUGAAAUCAUUGACAGGACCCAGAUCCCCAGCACGUCUGAGCUGAAAAGCGAUAGCAAGGAGAGAACGGACGAAGACUCUCCGUGGUCUGCUCCUAUCUUCUCAUUUGCCAAGAAAGCAUCGGAAAACUUAGCAGUGAGCUAUGGAAAUGCUCUGAAGUCUGCAGCCUUGGUAGGACUCAUACCCAAACCAGUCAGCAAUGACAGCACAGCCAAACUAACAGCCAAAUACCACACAAUGGAAGAACGUUCAAAUCUCAUGAACAUGAUGAAGCUGAGCAUUAAAGUCUUAAUCCAAUCAGCUCUAAGUUUGGGUAGGACUUUGGAUUCUGACUUCCCUCCUCUGCAACAGUUUUUUGUGGUGAUGGAGCACUGCCUCAAGCAUGGACUUAAAGCUAAGAAAAGUUUUAUUGGGCAGCAUAAAUCAUUCUUUGGACCUUUGGAACUGGUGGAGAAACUUUGUCCAGAAGCAUCAGAUUUAGCAACAAGUGUCAGAAAUCUGCCAGAAUUAAAGACUCCAAUAGGAAGAGGCAGAGCUUGGCUUUAUCUUGCUGUCAUGCAAAAGAAACUAGCAGACUACCUUAAAGUUCUCUUGGACCACAAGAAUCUGUUGAGUGAAUUUUAUGAGUCUGAUGCCUUGAUGAUGGAAGAAGAAGGAGCAGUGAUUGUAGGUCUUCUGGUGGGGCUAAAUGUCAUUGAUGCAAACCUCUGUUUAAAAGGAGAAGAUCUCGAUUCCCAGGUUGCGGUGAUUGAUUUCUCCCUGUACCUUAAAGAUACACAAAACAUUGAUGAUGGCAAACAAGAUGGAGGAAUGACUGCUGUGCUUGAUCAGAAACAUUACGUGGAAGAACUUAACCGCCAUCUAAGUUGUACUGUGGGAGACCUUCAGACCAAGAUAGAAUGUUUAGAAAAAACCAAUUCAAAGCUCCAAGAAGAGCUGGCCGCAGCAACAGACCGGAUUGAGGCACUUCAGGAAGAACAGCAGGAGCUGAAGCAGGAAAAUGAAUUAAUCCGUGAACAAAGUGAAAAGUAUUUUGAGGUAACUAAGCAGGACACCAAAGUUGAGCUGGAAACAUAUAAGCAGACACGUCAAGGCCUGGACGAAAUGUACAGUGAUGUCUGGAAACAACUGAAAGAGGAGAAAAGAAUCCGAACGGAACUGGAAAAAGAGCUGGAGUUGCAAAUUGGAAUGAAAAUAGAAAUGGAAAUUGCCAUGAAACUUCUAGAGAAAGAUACUCAUGAAAAACAGGAUACUCUGGUAGCCCUUCGUCAACAGCUGGAGGAAGUUAAAGCUAUCAAUUUGCAGAUGUUCCAUAAAUCUCAGAAUGCAGAAACUUCAUUGCAACAGAAAAAAGAAGCAAUAUCCUCAUUUGAAGACAAAACACAUCAAAUGAUGUCUUCUGUGAAGCAAAUGGAAGCCAGAUUGCAACGUGCAGAAAAAGCCAGGCAGGAUGCAGAAGAGAAGAAUGUCAAGUUAAAACAAGAGAUGAGUGGCAAAAUUGAGUCUCUGAAACAACUACUAACCCAACUGGAUAGCAAAUGUUCCACUCUUGAAAAAGAAUUAAAAUCUGAGAGAGAACAAAGACAGACUCUGCAACAAGAGUUGCAUCAGGAGAAGGACACUACUGCCUUGCUGAAAACGGAACUGCAGCAAGUGGAAGGGCUGAAGAAGGAGUUGCGAAAACUGCAAGAAGAGAAGCAGCAGCUUGAAAAGAUCUGUGAAGAGCAGGAGCAAGCCCUUCAAGAAAUGGGACUUCACCUUAGCCAGUCCAAGCUUAAGAUGGAAGAUAUUAAAGAAGUAAAUAAAGCGUUAAAGGGCCAUACCUGGCUAAAAGACGAUGAAGCAACCCACUGCAAACAAUGUGAGAAAGAGUUCUCUAUUUCACGGAGAAAGCACCAUUGUCGGAACUGUGGCCACAUCUUUUGCAAUAGUUGUUCCAGCAAUGAACUUGCACUUCCAUCCUAUCCAAAGCCUGUACGAGUCUGUGACACUUGCCACACUUUACUGCUUCAGAGGUGUUCAUCAAAUGCUUCGUAAGACAUCCAUUUCUUUCAAGAUAACCACAGAAGACUGGACAAACAGCCAAAUGUUUAAUGGGCUUUGGGGGAAUCUAAAUUUCACCUUUCUUUAUGCAUCAAACAGCUUUCCUAUGGAACUGUUUGCUACAUUACAAUGGGACAAGGAAGAUUUAAUUUGUAAAAAAAAGAUUAUAGAAAUUAUGAAAAUUAAAUAUUUUGCAUAGAUCAAGUGCCAGAGAAAAAUGUUUUAACAUAAAAUGUGCUUAAUGUGCUAGAAGUCUGAGGUGCUCAGUUACACUUCUAGCUUUGUUCAGUAUGAAAGAACUAUUUUGUUUCUAUUUAACUUUGUACUUUACAUUUGUACAUUCAACCUCUAAAACAAAAAUUACUUUUCUGAACACUAACCUUCUCAUGGGUCUACCUGCUGUAACAGUUCCACUUGAAAAUUCCUCUAGAUUUUUAUGUAGUAAGUGAAAAUGUCUGUAUCUUCAAGUUUGUCCCUAUGAAUGACAUUUUUAAAGCAAUGUAUAAUUGAAUGUGCCUUCACUAUACUUCAAAGUAAAAUAAUGUAUAGAUUCCUGUGUUUCU